AUGUCACCUUCACCACUGGAACGGCGUCUUUCUCGUCUCUUGGAAAAGCGCCGCGCUCAGUCAAAGCUGCGAAAUUUGAAAUCGAGUCCACCCGGGUCGGUUGACUUCUCUUCCAAUGACUUCCUGUCGCUGUCGAGCAACAAGGAAUUCCAGAAUGACUACCUGGCUCUGUUGAGCAAAGGAAGAACGCCAUUGGGAUCAACCGGCUCGAGGCUUCUCGAUGGCAACUCUGAAUUCGCAGAGAGCCUCGAGCGCGAAAUCGCGGCUUUCCAUGGCGCUGACGCCGGGCUCCUGACGAACUCCGGGUUUGACGCCAACGUCAGCAUUUUUGCCUUUCUCCCGCAGCAGGGCGAUGUCAUCAUCUACGACGAGCUCAUCCACGCCAGUGUGCAUGACGGUAUGAGGCAGUGUAGGGCUAAACAGCAGAUCCCAUUCAAGCACAACGAUGUCGAGGACUUGAGUCGCAUCCUGCAGCAAUUUUCUUCCUCCAGGCCCGAUCAGACGAUCUUCGUGGCUCUAGAGACGGUCUACAGCAUGGAGGGUGACCUUGCGCCCUUGACGGAAAUCGUCGACUUGGUGGAAGCCAUAUUGCCUCACAACAACGCGCAUCUCGUGGUCGACGAGGCACACGCGACGGGCAUAUAUGGCCCAAACGGGUCUGGACGAGUUUGUGAACUCGGGCUGGAGAAGCGAGUCUCCAUCCGAUUGCAUACGUUUGGCAAAGCUCUGGCGUCCAAUGGCGCAAUCAUCCUCAGCUCACCCGUCAUUCGCCUCUACCUGAUCAACUAUGCCCGCCCACUAAUCUACACGACAUUCAUGUCGCACCCGAAUCUUCUGGCCAUCAAAAACGCCUAUGACUGGCUCCGAGUGGGGAAAGCCAACCUCCUUGCCGCCAAUCUAUACCAUCUGAUAGAUCAUCUCUACGCCCGCUUGCAGUCCCUGACGGCUCUGGCCUCGAGCGUUGCUGAUCCGACGGGCAGGCCUGUCGUGACGCUGCCGACAACAUGCCCGGAAUCGCCCAUCUUCGCCAUUCUCAGUCCGCAGCCCCGCUCGCUGGCGUCGCACUGCCAGUCCGCCGGGUUCAUCGUGCGCCCGGUCGUCGCGCCAACCGUCCCGGCUGGCACCGAGCGUGUCAGAGUCUGUCUGCACGCCGGGAACACGGUGGCGCAGAUCGACAAAUUCGUCGGCUGCCUCAAGCGGUGGAUCACCAACCAGGGGGCCGGCGUCAACCAAGCCGGCACAGAUUAUCCAGCGGAGCAAUACGGCCGUGCCGGGGAGGAGACCUCGGAGAGACGUCUUCUCGCCAAGAUUUGA